AUGACAAGAAUCGGCAUAUCGAAAGAGUACAAGCUCUCCCCACAGAAGAUCGACGUCGUCUUCGCUGCAAACUGCGUCGGCCACCACGUCCUCACAACCCAUCUCCUCCCGCUUCUCCGGCAAACCGUAUCGCAGAACAAGACAAACGACGCCCGAAUCGUCGUCACCAGCUCCUCCCUCCACUCUUUCUGUCGCGAGCUCAACUUCGAUCUCCUCGCCUCGCCCAAGCCCCCGAAGAACCGCUUCGUCGACGGGAUCUGGCGCUACGCCCGCUCAAAACUAGGUAACAUCCUCUGGACGCGGGAGCUCAACCGCCGGCUUCUGCGGGACGACGAUCCCGCGAGUCGGAGGAUCUACGUCAAUAUCUUUUUCCCCGGGAACAUCGUUACGGAUCAGUGGAGCGUGUGGAGUGAGAUAUUGGGGUCUCUGCUGGGUGCCGUGAUGCAGUUUGUGUUCCGUGUCAUUGGACAGAGUACAGAGGAUGGGGCUGCGACGGCGAUGUUUUUGGGUGCGAGUCGCAGGGUUGUUGAUGACGACAUUCGCGGGAGGUAUUUCAUCCCCAUUGCCACUCCUGAUGCGACGACGAAAAUCGCGGAGGAUGGCGAGCUCGCUCGGGAUCUUUGGGCGUAUCUUGAGUCCUUGUGCCACGGAGGCGCCAUCUUCCCCGGCAUCAUUGACUCCUCCACCGGCAAGUCUGUCAUUGCUGGCCGUAAGGUGACCGGCUUUACUACGCGUGGUGAGGAGGAGGAAGGCGUCCUGGACACCAUCAAGAGCUGGAGUAGGCCUACGAUUGAGUCUUCUGCUGCUGCUGCCUGCGGAGCGAACUAUGUCUCCCCGGCUGGUCCAUGGGACGCGUUCACAGUCACCGACGGAGAUAUCGUCACCAGCGCAAACCCUGCGAGUGCACAUGUCACCGCAGAGGCUGCUGUGAACGCUUUCGAUGCGUUGUAG